AUGGAAGAAGAAAGAUUGACUUUGCCUCCUGGUUUAUGUUUUGCUCCGACCGAUGAAGAGCUUAUAGUUUACUUUCUGUGUCAGAAGGCUGCAAGCUUGCCUUGCUACCCUAAUGUUAUCCCUGAUCUUAAUCUUUAUUCGCCCCAUCCGUGGGAGUUAAAUGAUAAGGCCUUUGUGAGUCGAAGGCAGUGGUAUUUCUUCAGCCGAAAGAUGCAAAACCGAGCUGCGGAAAAUGGGUUUUGGAAGGAGAUAGGUGUUGAUGAGCCCAUACUUUCAAGCACUGGAAACAAAGUUGGAAUCAAGAAAUAUCUUGUGUUUUACAUUGAUGAUGUUCGCUCAGAGAACAAAACCAAUUGGAUAAUGGAAGAAUAUCGUCUACUUAUUUCACCAAGAGGACAGAAUCAGAUCCAAGACUUAGAUGAAUGGGUUCUAUGCCGAGUUCAUGAGGCAAAUAUAAGUUCUGAUGGGAUGAAUUUCCCCGAAAGUGACGGUGAUGGAGAUGAGCUCUCGUAUCUUGAUGAAGUCUUUUUGUCCAUGGAGGAUGAUGAAGAAGAGAUCAAUUUUCCAUAUUAG